AUGGACUUCGCGCCGUACCAGUCCUCGCCGCCGGAGCACGCCCGCUCGCCGACGCACAGCACGACCGCCUCCCCCCGCACCUCCCUCGAAAACACCAACAACAACCCCAACCGCCGCGGCGCCUACUCCCCCGCCACCGGCCACCACUACCAGCACCGCCAAGCCGCCAUCUCCCCGCCCCCGCUGCAGCACCCGCAGCCGCAGCGCGCGUGGUCGAGCGAAGGCGUCGGCCGCUACCAGAGCCCGCUGGCCGUGCCGGGGAACGCGACGUCGGCGGCGGAUUUGGGCGAUGGGGAUGGGAAUGGGAAUGGGAGUGCGGGGAACGGGGGGAGCCCGUGGGGAGGCCGCGGCGGCGGGGUCGGCGAUUACUUCUCAUCGCUGGGCGCGAGGGAGGGGAUGGUGAGCGAGUUUGAUACGAGCUUGGGCCUGCGGCUGGACUAUGAGGCGUGUUUGGCGUACUUGGUGGCGCCGCCGUUGGGGGCGAUUCUGCUGCUGAUACUGGAGCGGAACAGUGAUUAUGUCAGGUUCCAUGCGUGGCAGUCGAGUCUGUUGUUCACGGCUCUGUUCGUCCUGCAUCUGCUGUUCUCGUGGUCGACCUUCCUUAGCUGGGUCAUUUUCCUGGCGGACCUGCCGCUUAUUGCUUGGCUGGUGUUCAACGCGUAUCGGGAUGCGGACACCUUGGACAGAUACGAAGUCCCUAUUAUUGGCCGUAUAGCGAGCAGGAUCUUGGACGACGAGUGA